CAUUGAGGCGGUGAGGAGUGUUGUCCUGUCGCUUUACGGAGAGUUUGCCGUAUUUACUUAUAAUAAGUAAAUUUUCUUCACUUUUUAAUUACAACUGUACUUCUACUGUGCUACAAAAAUUGCCUGGCCGUAGAUAAAUACGGGUAGAUACCGUAUUUGCUAAUGUUCAGACGUACGUCUUCGUGUCCGCCAUCUUAGGUAGGUCAACGUUGGCAGCAGACGACUAGAGCAGCUUUUAUUGUAAACGUGACCACAUCCAGAAAUGCCGGUGUCCUGUUCAGCUUAUGGCUGUAAAAACAGACGAACCAUUCUAAGUAAACAUCGAGGGAUAACUUUUCACCAGUUCCCCAAAGAUCCUGGGCUCAGAAAAGCCUGGAUCUUAGCAUUCAGAAGACUGGACUUCAAGCCAUCUAAUAAAACCGUCCUCUGUAGUGAUCACUUUAUGCAAGCUGAUUUUGACAGAACCGGUCAAACUGUACGAUUGAGGGAAGGUGUUAUCCCUUCUGUUUUUGCAUCUUUUCCAAAUCAUCUAAAGAGGAGGCCCAUUAAAGCCAGGUCAACGAAGACAUCAAGGCGUGCACUGGAACCAAUCAAGGAUCCCGUCCCUGCUCCCAAAUGUUCAGAACCUCCAAAGCCUGCAGUCUCUGACCAUCACUAUGCUCUGGAUCCUGCUCAAGUAAAAAAAAAGCUAUCUGACGCUCAAGCACGGAUCGAGGAGCUGGAGCGACAGCUCAGAAAUGCAAAGGAUCGAGAAAGGAGACAGAAACAAGUUUUAAAGUCACUCCUGGAACGAUUAGAAGAAAGAGGAAUGCUAUCAGAGGCAAUAGAGAUCGAGCUGCUCCAGGAAUCUGAUUGACGCAUCAAGCUUCAGUGGGGGAUCGCACCACUGGACAAAAGUUGCAGACUUCUUGAAUCCCCAGCUGUGCUAUCCCUGCUGUUCCACUCCACAAGGUUUAUUUGAAUGUGUUCACCACUCCUCCUCAGAAAGAUGAUCACUCAUUUCAGCCAGCAGAAAUUCUGGAUAAAAAGGGACGAUUGUAAACUUAAAGCCUGUUGACUGGGAAUGACUCUUUGGACAGUUCAUAAUUUAGGGUUUUGUGAGACUUGAUAUAUAGUAAUAUAUGUUCUGAGUCAAUGUAAUCCAUGAACUAUCAUUUUUAAGCUGCGAGUAAAUGUCUUUGUAGAUUUCUUUCCCGUCAGUUUCAACUUGCACAUGAUCAUAUAUAAAAACUCUUUUUGGUAAAAAAUAAAUAUGUAUUGUGCAAUUUUUGUGAAAAUGUGAGGCUUCUGGAAAUCUCUUUCAAUUAAGUAAAUACAGAUUAUUUCAGAAACUUAAUUCACUAAGUGAAUCACAUUACGUAGAUUAAUCACAUACUGGCGAAUGUUUUCAUGCCGUUAGUUCUGUUACAAAAAGAAGUCUUUUUUACAGCCAAUGAAGACAAGACAUUUAAGAUUAGAAAAUGACACCAGCUCAAUGAACACAUUUUUAAUACA